AUGAGCGCCGAGACUCUGUCCUCCAAUGUUGUCAACUACCUGAUCUGGCGCUACCUUCAGGAAGCCGGCUUUGCUAGUACUGCGCAAAGUCUCAUGAAUGACUGGAACCGUGAUCCCCAAAGCCUACCCUUCGUGAACAAUGUACAUCAACACGCGCUAGUCCACAUCAUCCAGGACGGGCUGCUGUACGAUCGCCUGCAGGCAGAGGUCAGCCAGGACGGCCGCAACUACGACUAUGGAACGAGCCACGGUACCCCCUACGUCGUCAACAACAACAAACGACGAAGACUAUCAGAUCAACGAACAAGCUUGAGGCCAGAGACGAACGGCGACAUCGAGGUUAAUGAUGCCGCGCUCGCACGGGGCGCGCCGAAGCGUACGAGGAAGAGCAAUGGUGCGGAAAGUACGCGUGAGCGCAGCAAUGAGGAUGCAAUGGAUAUCGAUAUGAAUGGCAUGGUCCAAACGCCCAAUGGUGAUGCUGACCUCGCCGUGUCAGAGGCGGACUCCCCCAUGCCAGAAGAUGUGCCGAUCGAGACGACCCUGGACAACGGCGUAAGCGUGGGCUUGCAAAGCGAGAAGAUUGCAGAGUUGGCCCCGGAGACAACCUUCAUCCAGCUCGACGAGCCUGAAGUCGUAUUACGUCACACUGUCUGGAGUCCGACCGAGGCGCCGAUCUUCUGCGCAGCGGGCGACUCACUACUCACUGUGUAUUGCAUGGUCAAGGAUACGCGCUACUUCAGGGAAUCACAGGAUUACAUCCCUCGAAAGAUUGAUCUUCCAUUCUCAAAGUACACAAUCACAGCUUUCUGCUGGAUCUCACCAACUGAGGCCUUCGCCGCGGCCUUGGAGGACCACACGAAUGAGAAGGGAGAGACGAGGAGUACGGGGAGGUUGCUUGCGUUGCGCGAGGGCGGCAUGGAAGUCCAAAUCCUAUCCUCCUUGGUCGGAACAGUUUUUGCCUUGCGGUGGCGAGCCUCGGCCCAAUGUUUACUGAGCAUUUCGAGCUCCGAUCGAGGCGGAAGCAUCAGAACAUGGAGUCCCAACAACCCGGACCCCCUGCAUACGUUCUACACCGACCGAGUCAUACUGGAUGCCGCAUGGUGCUCAGACGAUAGGUUUCUUGUUGGUGGUCACGGCUUUCUCACGUCAUACACACUGCACCACCCACCGUCCUCGAGCUCUUUGACCGAAGCAAUUCCAGGUGAUAGGGCCCAGGAAUUCCACUGGGAAAAGGUCCGAUACGACCCCAUCUGCGACAUCGUAGCAUGCGCAUCGCUGGAGCAGAACAAGAUCGGCCUGUACUCCAAGGGCUCAAUCGACUUCACAACGCAAUCUGUCGCAGACAACCCGAUCACCGCCCUGGAGUUCCAACCCAUCAUCAACCCCCUCUCGCAUUCCGAUGACUCUCCCCGCCUACUCGCCACCGCCCACGAGGCCGGACUGGUCCAGAUCUGGGACGCCAAGCGGCCGUGGCAACUGCUGCACAGACUUUCAAUGGGCGGCGACCCUGCAAUGACGUUGUCGUUCUCACCAGAUGGGUUUCUGCUGGCUGCAGCAGGUCUGGCCACGGUGCUCAUCUGGAACCCGGAGGUUGGCGGGCUUCCGAAGGCGUUUUGGAAGGCGGAUCUCGACAAAGACCCCUGGGAUACGUCGGUUGCUGCGGAUAGGGAGGAGGAGUUGGAUCAUAGCUUGGGCUGGGACGCUGAUGGCAAGAAGCUGGCGUUUUCGCUGGCGAACCAGGUUAGUUUGCAUAUUAUGCGGGGUUGA